AUGUUUUGCAAAAAAGCGAGGGUGGCAGACGAGGCGCCCGCAUCUCCAGUCACAAAGAACAUUGCGGAUGGCUGGGUGCUUGUGACGAGUUUGGACAAUCCCUGCUCCACUCCGAGUUGGAACGCGGACUCAGGCUCUGUGCCGCAUACAAAGUUGCAAAGCCCAGCGAAGCAAGGAAUCAGUGCGGGGGAGACAGGAACGGCAGUUAACGAGGCGGUAAAGCAAAGAGGUGGGCCCACACACAUUAUUUCCUUUUCCAACUUGAAGACACGCUGUCAAGAGUCCCGUAGCACCUCAAGUUUUGGUGACGAUGAGCCUUCAUUAAGUUGUGAGUGCUCGUUGCGUGACAGAACACGUUCAAGUGCCACUGCCGCAGAAGAAAUACUUGGCCAACAGUUUGAAGAUAGCGAAUUGCUGCCAAUUCCGCCCUCAGCGCGUUCCCCAGCUGCUGCUUCCAAGGGAGAAUUAUAUCCACCAAAAAGUGACCCGGGCAACGACAUCCAUGAUCAAGUACCGUCUGUUUGUUCUUUUUUAAUCUAUUUUUUAAGCAAUAGCACGUACAGUUUUGUUCAUUUCUGCGCUCCUAUGCUACCGACGUCUUGGAGUGCUUUUUACAACACGAUGUCCCUUGAUAAUGUCAUUUAUUGUUGUGUUUUUGCCGCAGCAGCUGUGGGGGUGGUGCAGCUUGGGCCUUCCAUAAUGCCGGGGGCAUCUGACGAGAGUGGUCGUUGUUGCCUGCUGGGAGUGGCUUCCAGGACAUCUCAGCUGGUGUGCGUAUUCAUGGUGGUCGUGGGACCGCUUCUGCGUCUUGGGGAGAAGCUGCUGGAGGAACUCUUCCCCUGCCCUGGGACGACGCCGUGCCCCGCGCCGGGGGAGGAGAGACGUGAAGAGACGGAAGAAUGUAACAGGGAACAGAAGGAGGACGAGGCGCAGGUGCAAAAGGCGAAGUGCCUGACAGCCGUGAAAGUUUUUCUUUCCUCCCUACUGACGUUUAUUCUCCUCACGAAUGAGGGUGGAGGCAGCACUGCAAAUAGGCAACCGCCUGCUGACGACGAAGACAGCAGAAGGGAUGCGGCCAACGAACCCGCGGCACACCACGAAGGAGAUAAAACGUCUGCAUCAGCGGAGAGACGGAUUCGCACAGGUGCGCUGCUGUUGAUUGGCGUUGGCGGGGGUGCGAUUUCCCAGUACGUGUUACUGCGCUGUUCCUGA